UGCAGUUAUGCCGGUUUUGUCCCUUAAAAACGUGAAAAGUACUCUAAGUUUCCAAUUCCUUCAAAUAUAAAUUUGGGUUAAUUCUCAAAUCACAUUUCUGCAAAUUAAGCUAAGGGAUUGAAAGAAGCAAGAAAUGAAGCGAAAGAUUGUGAUCAAAUUGCCAAUGCAUAAUGAUAAGGCUAAGUCAAAGGCCUUGAAGAUUGUUGUGGCCGAAGAAGGAGUGAUCUCAGUGAAUAUCGGAAAAGAAAUUGAUAUGCUUGAAGUGAUGGGAGAAGGAGUUGAUUCUGUGUGUUUGGUCAAAGCUCUUAGGAAGAAAUUUUGUUUUGCUGAUAUUUUAAGCAUUGAAGAAGUGAAGGCUGAGAAGCCGCCACAGACGCCGCCGCUGCCGCCCUGCGUGCUGCAGUGGCCGCCGCCGCCACUCCCUAUAUGCGAGUGCAAUUAUGAUUAUUGCUCCAUUUUGUAACAAAGUUACGUCUUAUUCGAAAAAAAUGCAUGAUAUGAAAUAGGGUUAAAUAGUAUCCACGAAGAUUGUAAUCUCAUUGCUAUUUCCGUCCAUUCACAAAAUUAUACUACUAGAGUGUGUUUGCUUUUUA